AUGGCAGCCAGGAACCCAAAGAAUACUUCGGUUCCUGUUGACCUUUUUAUCGCCACGCGUCCAAACAAUGCUGACCUAAUCCCUGGCUUGCUGGAGGAGGUUACCAAGGGUGUUAAGAGUCUAGCUACUGGAACUGAGGAGGACCGCAAGGAUUUGUUAAUCAAGUGUCGAGCUUUAGCUAGAGCUAUAGAGACACCUCGGGAGACGAUGGUUGACCACUGUUGGGGACAGAUGGGUGCAAUCGGGGCUAUAGGGUUUGGCGUGGACUCGGGAUUAUGGGUGUUGAUGGCUCGGAAUGGCGACCAACCCCAGAAUGUUACCGAUUUGGCCGCGAGCCUUGGGGUCGACCCCCAACUUCUCAGUCGUUUGAUGCGGCAUGUGAGUGCUAUGGGACUUCUCAUGGAAGUUAGGGAAGAUGAGUACCAGCCCACAAACUAUACCAAGGCGCUGAGCCUUCCUCAGAUUGGGCAUGGGUAUCUCGGUCUUACCACGUCCACUGGUGCAGGCACCUUGAAAUUCCACGAGUUUUCCCGUAAACGGGGUUGGGUGAAUCCGACAGAUCCCUGGGAUACAUCUCUAAUGUAUGCAUAUGGUACCGACAAGAACAUAUUUCCUUGGGUGCGGGAUUUAGGUUAUGGAGAUCACCUGAAUGAUUACCUUGGUGGUUACAACCUGGGUCGCCCACUCUGGAUGGACCCUAGUGUCUAUCCUGUGGAGGAGAGGCUUAUUGACGGUGCCGAUUCUAGCCCAGAUGCACCAUUCCUGGUGGACAUAGGCGGCAACAUGGGCCAUGACCUGGAGAGAUUCCAGAGUCGCUAUCCGAACGCCCCCGGAAAUUUGAUCCUUCAAGAUUUACCUAUGAUGCUUGACCAGAUCAAGGAUCUAGAUCCGGCUAUCAUUCGAAUGGGUUAUGACUUCCAUGAUGAACAACCCGUCAAAGGUGCCCGUGCCUAUUAUAUACAUUCAACCCUACAUAACUGGUCGGAUGAUGUGUGUGAAAUAGUACUUACGCGAGUGAAAGAGGCUAUGAAGCCUGGGUACAGCAGACUAUUGCUCAAUGAGAACGUUAUGCCGAACAUCGGUGCACAUUGGGAGACUACGGGGCUCGAUAUGAUCAUGUUAACCCUAUUCUCUGCUGAAGAGCGGACUAGCGCAGCGUGGUAUGACUUGAUUGAGAGGAGGGCGGGUUUGAAGGUUGUCAAAGUGUGGGACGGUGGAAAGGGGGUAGAAAGUGUGAUUGAGUGUACGCUGGUCUAA